AUGGGCGCUCUGUCACGCGGGGGUUUUUUCUUUGUGAGCGGGAAGGGGCAAUUGUUUCUGCUAGAGAAGGGCACACAACAGGAGGCGCAGAUUGUAUACGGCGGCGAGGUGGUUGCUUUUGCGUGCAGAGAGGAUGAGCGCAUCAUGGCGUUGGCGUUUCCGCCUUCAUCCGGCCAGGAUCGGUGUGUUGUUCGAUUGUACACUUUUGCGGACAAUGAGCUUGGCGACGCGUUGGGCGAGGUGAUGACUGCGCGGGUGACGCAGUUGCUUUGGGCAGGGCUGCGGCAUCUUGUGAUGUGCGGCCCCGCCGGCUGUUCAAUAUACUUGUGCGAGAGUGGAAAGCUUAAAUUCUUUGUUUCUGAUCCCGCUACCAUUGCCCUUUUUCAGGGGAAUCGUCUGGGGCUGUUGCAUGGGCCGACCCAAAUCGUGCAGUACUGGAAUUUGGAUAAGAAUCGCAUGGUAGACUCCGUCAAUUUGUCUCUACAGGACCGUCGCCUGAUUACUGUUGUUGGUGUGGGGUACUUUGCGUUGGCACUCUACAACGAUGGGUCGGUUCAGGCUUUUUACGUGACCAAAAGCAGUGUCAAAAAGAUUGGGCAAUUUGAUCAACUUUUCCCCAUCGCCCAAGCGGGUGUGGAGAAGGGGGGCGCAUCAUCGCUUCUGCUGGCAUGCUCACUUUCGUCCCGCAAGGUGCUCGUGGGGUUGCGUGGCGGUGACACUAUUCACAAGCUGGAGUACAAGAAUGAAAAGGUGUUGGUUGACAGCGCGCAGGAGAAGCUCGCGUCACCCCACGUGCUCUUGGCAAUCUCACUUAAUGGCCGACGUUGUCUGGCACUCAACAGGGAAACCAAUAAAUACCACGCCCUAUUGAUGAAUUUUAGUGCUCCGAAGCUGCCGGCGGCGGAAGAGAGCGUAGCAAUUAAAUCCAGCGUGAAUUGCGAGAAGGCUGAAAAGAGAGCCACCCUAGGAGUUGAACCUGUGGACAAACGCCCCGUGGUGGCAUCUGCUGUCGGGAUCAACUCUGCACCUCCCGACUUUUCGGGAGGUGCGGGAUCUAAGAGACUGACGCCGAAUCACGGCACUGAGGGCGGUGGAACUCCCCAGUGGGGCAUUACUAAUGGGGCAACGCUAGCGCUUGUUGGAGUUAGUUUGGCGGCACUUUUUGUACUGGUCCGCCGGAUCAUUUCCUUCUAA